AGAGAGAGAGAGAGAGAGAGAGAUUAUGCGCGGAAAGAUAGGAGACCAGUUUUAUCACUAGUCUUCAAUGUGAAUGAAAUAACAUGAGCUUUAAUCAUAUAUGUACUAGUAAACAGAAACAAGCUUACACAAUGCUGUGGGGAAUGGACGUUGCAUUUAUCGUGAUUCUUUAAAGAAACCACUUUAGAACGAGACUAAAAUAUUAGACAUGCAGUGCAAGAGUAGUCCGUGAAUUGGUGAGCGUAGGUAUAUAAUAGUACUUGUAAUUAGGCAGAUGUUAACGCUGUGAAUCUAGGGUUAGUUGCAAGAGAUAGCUAGAUGAUUAUUGUGGUAAACGUAAAAGAGAACGUCCAAUUUAUACUUUAUAAUGGAAAUUGGGAGACAUUGUGCGUGAUUCAGUAAUAUGACAACGUGGGAAGAAUCUCAAGAAGGAACACGAAUGGGCUGAUUUAGGAUGACAGAGGGAAACGUAUAUCCAUUUCGUCGACCCCAUUCUCUUGCACAGCCAACUUCGCAAGUGAUAAAUAGUGCACGAGGGAAAAUGCCGUUGCAAAUUCUGCGCUGGUGUGACUGAGGGCGGAUAGAAAGAUGCAAAGCCACUACUUAGAUAAAUAUUUUAUAUCCCUGUAAAUCUUGACAAAGAAGAAAAAUAACAAGGAACCCAAAUUUGAAGAAAAAAAUAAGCAUUGUUAAUCAGUAAGAUAGUUAUGGUUACCGUUACAUUCAAGGAUAAAAAUUAUCUUCAUGAAGACCAAACUAUGUAUAGUACUAUACCUUUGAAAAUCACUUCCUUGACAGUAACUGAUGAUAUUAAAAGAUGAGAGGGAUAAAAACCCCAAAUGAGAUAAAAGAGUGUCGAUACCAAGGCCAAAGAGCAGUAUAUAGACUUUCCAGACAACCAGACAUGCGAACAUCUGGGUUUAUUCACCUGAGGCUGGUUUACGCGCCUUUGGUUGACUUGGUAUUUCAUAAAUAAUAGUGGGCCUAAAACUGCUGGCACGCCAGCCCAUGAAUACAAGUGUUAGAAAUCGUGUAACAUUAUAACAUCAUAAUUAUAAAAAUCAUAUUUUAUACCAGUCAGCAGAAUUACUAAACAGGAACAGAAGAAAUGAGAUAAAGAAUAAGUACCGAUACAUACAUGGCUAGCGAGAACAGUAGGUAGAAUGUAGAUUUCCCAAGGCACAGUGGAACAUAAAAAUCUCUUUGACAACAAGGAGGGAUAUAGGAGGACAUUGGAAGAAGAAGAAGAAAAAAAAAAGCUUAAUUGAGUUAAGGAAGUGCCGAUAGCAAGGCCAGAGCAGUAGACUCCCUUCAGACAACUCGAGACACAGACGCCGCCAGACCGAGACCAGACAAGCCAGCAAGCCAGUCUGUGUGGAUGUCAGCCGCGAGAGGCAGCAGAUGACCACAAGCGGCUGGGAGGACUAAUUUUUGCCUCAUAUUCGUUUAUCUCGGCAUCACAGGGAACUCAUUUCGCGUGCGUGGGUGCGUGUGCUAAGUGGUAUCAGUGUGGUGGAGUGAAGGGUUGGGUGUGGUGUGCGUGGCGUCGCUAAACUCCUUAUUGAUGAAAUGGCCACUGGGGGCGAGGUGAUGGCAGCGACCCGCGGCAGAUAUGCAUCACCUUGACUAAAAGUCUGAGCUUGCUACCAGCCAUAGCAUGCAUACUCCAGAAUCGACGGAUGGUCUGUUUCAAGACUUGAGUGUAUACGAAAAGGAACCCAGAGUUGGAGGACUGAAACACAGUCCUUGCACCACUGGAAAGAAGAAGACACACACCAUUAAGAGACAACAUAUUACUCGCAGAACCUCGUGGAAGAAGAGUAGUAAAGGUGACUAUCUGGAGGACAGUCAGGAGGACGACGACCUGCCUGUUGAAAGUUUCCUUUCCUACAUUGAAAUAAAAGAGGAACCUGUAGAUGCCAGCUUAAUAAAUGAUAAUGGUGCAAUGUCCUCUAUGCAGGAAGACUCUCUCACAUCCAAUGAAAAUGGCAGCACUGACUCAGUAUACAGCUACGAAAACAGAGUUGCCAUGGAGCUACUGUACAAUGCAGUGAGCGAUGAACAGAUCCAGUUGAAGUCUUCUCGUGCAGCAGCAGCGCAGAGAGCAAGACGACGAAAGCAACUCAAGAAAAUGACUGAAGAAGAGAUUAAAGCAAGGCGUGCGGCGGCAGCCAGGGCUCAAAGGAAAAACAGGCAGAAACGACUGGAAAUGAUGACAGAAGAUCAAAGAGCAGCCUACAGAUCUGCUGUAGCUACUGCCCAGAGAAUGCGGCGCCACUUGCGCCUGGAAAAGAUGUCAGAGGAAGAGAGACGUUCAGAGAGAGCAAUGCAAAGUUCUUUGGCCGCUAAACGUAGACGUGAAAGGGAAGAAAAAAUGACCAAGGAAGAGCUACAAACCCGACGAGCUGCAGCAGCAGCCAUGCAAAGAAGAAAACGGCAAAUGAAGCGAGAACAAAUGUCUGAAGAGGAACUGAGAGAACGGCGUGCAUCUGAAGCAGCUGUGAGGCGUCAAAGGCGGCAAGCCUCUACCAAGGAAGAGGAAGGAGAGGCUGAAAGCCCAGGUGAAUCAGCCAAGAGAGGACGACGACACCGCCAGAAAGAAUACUCAGAGAAAGGGGAGGAGUUCCAGCCGCAAGGACAGACACCUGGAGUGGUGCAGCAUGACUACUACCACUACAGGAAGGAGUAUGGGGUGGAGGGCCAGCCGCCUCCCAACAUGGAAGGGGAGCCUACUCCUGAAAAUUUAAUGGUGCAAAUCCUGAUGCAAGCCCAAAAUGCUGCUGCCCACCAGUCAUACCAGGAUGACCGCAUGAAGAUGGAAACACCAGGACACCACUACCCAACACCCAACCAGCUGGUGGAGGCACACCACAUUGCAGCAUCUUAUGCAAUGGGACAAGCUUACCAGGAGAUGCCACAGAAUGACAGGAAGGACAUGAUGUAUUAACCAUGUUUCUCUGUUAAAUAUACAAAUAACAGCAGAUUUUGCAUGGUGCUGGGUACUGCCAGUAGAACACAUUCAUAGUAUUCUCUCCUUAGUAACCAUAGACUAAUACCUUAGCAAGUAUCCUGGAUGAUGCCAACUGUGACCCAUCAGACAAAAUUUACAUGGUAAAUUGUAAGGUGUAAGCAAUUGUAGUUUGACGAUCAGUCAAGAUUGCAUAAAACAACAGUGUACAGUGAUUAUAGCAACAGCUGCAUAGAAAUUCUCACAGAUUCCAUACUGAUCAAGAUAUACAAACUUACUAAGUGAACAAAUUGCAAAAAAUUGCAGGACACUAUUGUGUAUCACUUUGGAAUAUUUGUGUGCAGAUCUAACAAAUUUUUAAUUUAUGGAAUAUUUAUAGAUAAAUUGAAAAUGAGCAUAAAAAGAGUUAGAUAGAGAAGGAAAUAAUCACCAAGUUUAAGCAAAGAAAAGGCCUCAUGGAAACCACUUGAUAUGUUACUAUAUUGUACAAUGUUUCUAUCUUUAGCUGAAGUUGAAUGUGUAUCAAUUGGGAUGUGCCAUUUUCCCCUCAGAUUAUUAUGUUGAGGUAUAUGUGGCAUCAGUCAAGCCUUCUCAAUAGUUCUUUUAAGAUUUUAUUUACAUGUUGAAUGAUUAGAGUAAAGUGACAUGCAUACUCAGUUUACUUUGUAUUACAUAAAUGUAUGUUGGCAGGUCACUGUACUGACAAAAACACCAAUACAUAAGUGAAAAAUUUCAUACCACUGGCUCAGUAAAGUUUGAUUUCCUGGGACAAGUUCACAGCUACUGUAGAGUACCAGAAUAUUUAUUUUUUAUUGUUGUAUGUAACAUUAAGAAUGAUAUUUGUUAAUAAUGUAGGCUGUCGCUGUUUUUUUUAGUUAUACGUAUUUGAUGACUUCACAUAAUUGAAUGAGUAAAAUCAGCUCUUAAUCUAGUGCAAACAUUGAAUAAACAUAAAGUUUUGUGAGAGACAAUGCAUGAUAAGGUAUUUUGAAGGUUAUGUCAUGGAUGACACAAGAUGUAGAUGUUCAUUUUGAUAUCUAAGAUUGAAAUGAUUUGUUAUUGUUUGGUUGCAACAAUAGAUACAUGCUUUGGAAGUCAGUUGAUAAAUUCUAAAAGGCAUCAUGUCCAAGGUAACUUGUCAUAUGAUGGAAAUAAAUUAUAUCAGCAUUGCGCAAAUUUAAACAUUAUAUUGUAUUAAAAAACAGUAACCAUUUCACUAUCAGAAAGGAAGUCAAGUAUAAGAAUGUGAUGGCACUAGAUGAGAUGCUUAUAUUAUUGGUGCUGUGUGACAGUGUUAAGUGUGAACAUUAAAAUAACAAUAUCUACCUGUGUCAGUAUGAUAGGAAGUUUUUGUUAAUGAGUAAUGGAUAAUGACUGAAGAAAAUAUGUUGUGUACAGAGAACCAAUGUUUCUCCCCAAGCACAAAAUAUUAUGACAAAGGAAUUCAAUAUA